AGGAGAUGGCAGCAAUAAGGCUGACAAGUUGAAGUUUUAGCUGUGCCUUGAUAGAGCAAGAUGUGUGUAAAGGAAUAGUUAUCUGCUUAGUCUCAUCCUUGAUAUUUGGCAAUCUGAAGAAAAGGUCUGAGCCAGCAUGAAGACAGAAUCCCCUCUUCAUUAGAGAAAAACUUUCUGCCCGCCGCCGUUCAUUUCAAGGGGUGCACGAUGACAGAGCGUGGAAUUAAAUGGGCCUGUGAGUAUUGUACAUAUGAGAAUUGGCCCUCUGCAAUCAAGUGCACCAUGUGUCGUGCCCAGAGACCCAGUGGAACAAUUAUCACAGAAGAUCCUUUCAAAAGUGGCUCCAGUGACAUCGGGAGGGACUGGGAUCCUACAAGCACCGAAGGAGGGAGCAGUCCUUUGAUCUGCCCGGAUUCCAGUGCAAGACCCAGGGUUAAAUCAUCCUACAGUAUGGAAAGUGCAAAUAAAUGGUCGUGCCACAUGUGCACGUACUUGAACUGGCCCAGAGCUAUAAGGUGCACCCAGUGCUUGUCCCAGCGCAGGACCAGGAGUCCCACGGAGUCUCCUCAGUCCUCAGGCUCUGGCUCCAGACCUGUCCCUUUUUCCGUGGAUCCCUGUGAGGAGUACAAUGACAGAAAUAAACUAAACACAAGGGCUCAGCACUGGACUUGUUCUGUUUGUACAUAUGAAAACUGGGCCAAGGCCAGGAAAUGUGUUGUAUGUGACCACCCCAGACCCAACAACAUCGAAGCAAUAGAACUGGCAGACACAGAAGAGGCUUCUUCCAUCAUAAACGAGCAAGACAGGGCUCGGUGGAGGGGCAGCUGUAGUAGUGGAAAUAGCCAAAGAAGAUCUCCACCCACAACCAAACGUGAAUCUGAUGUGAAAAUGGACUUCCAAAGAAUUGAAUUGGCUGGAGCUGUUGGCAGCAAGGAGGAGCUUGAAGUUGACUUCAAAAAACUAAAGCAAAUAAAAAAUAGAAUGAAAAAGACUGACUGGCUGUUCCUAAAUGCUUGUGUGGGAGUCGUGGAAGGUGAUUUAGCUGCUGUGGAAGCCUACAAGUCGUCCGGAGGGGACAUUGCCCGGCAGCUGACGGCCGACGAGGUGCGGCUGCUGAACCGCCCGUCCGCCUUCGACGUGGGCUACACCCUGGUGCACCUGGCCAUCCGCUUCCAGAGGCAGGACAUGCUGGCCAUCCUCCUCACUGAGGUAUCCCAGCAUGCAGCCAAGUGCAUUCCUGCCAUGGUGUGUCCAGAGGUGACGGAACAAAUCCGCCGGGAAAUUGCUGCAUCUCUUCAUCAGCGGAAGGGAGACUUUGCUUGCUACUUUCUGACUGACCUUGUGACCUUUACGUUACCUGCAGAUAUUGAAGAUUUACCACCCACAGUCCAGGAAAAAUUAUUUGAUGAAGUACUUGACAGAGAUGUUCAGAAAGAGCUGGAGGAGGAGUCUCCCAUCAUUAACUGGUCCCUGGAGCUGGGGACUCGGCUGGACAGCAGGCUGUACGCGCUUUGGAACCGCACUGCCGGCGACUGCCUGCUCGACUCGGUGCUCCAGGCCACAUGGGGCAUCUACGACAAGGACUCCGUGCUGCGCAAGGCUCUGCACGACAGUUUACACGACUGCUCCCACUGGUUCUACACACGCUGGAAAGAGUGGGAAUCGUGGUAUUCCCAAAGCUUUGGUUUACAUUUCUCCUUGCGAGAGGAACAGUGGCAGGAGGAUUGGGCAUUCAUUCUCUCUCUUGCAAGCCAGCCUGGAGCGAGUUUGGAGCAGACACACAUUUUUGUACUUGCACAUAUUCUUAGAAGACCAAUUAUAGUUUAUGGAGUAAAAUACUACAAGAGUUUUCGGGGAGAAACAUUAGGAUAUACCCGCUUCCAAGGUGUGUAUUUGCCUUUGUUAUGGGAACAGAGUUUUUGUUGGAAGAGUCCCAUAGCUCUGGGCUACACGAGGGGCCAUUUCUCCGCCCUGGUUGCCAUGGAGAACGAUGGCUAUGGCAAUCGAGGCGCUGGUGCUAAUUUGAACACUGACGAUGAUGUUACUGUUACUUUUCUACCCUUGGUGGACAGCGAGAGGAAAUUAUUGCACAUUCACUUCCUUUCUGCUCAAGAGAUCGGCAACGAGGAGCAGCAGGAGAAGCUGCUGCGGGAGUGGCUGGGCUGCUGCGUGACCGAGGGCGGGGUGCUGGUGGCCAUGCAGAAGAGCUCCCGCCGGCGCAACCACCCGCUGGUGACGCAGAUGGUGGAGAAGUGGCUGGACCGCUACCGGCAGAUCCGGCCCUGCACGUCCCUGUCGGACGGCGAGGAGGACGAGGACGAUGACGACGAGUGAGGGCAAUAAAGAGAUUGAGCAGCGCAGGGUGUGAGCGAGUGAGCCUUGGGCUGGAGCAGGGGGUGUGCAGCCACCGUGGCUGGGGAUGCAGGCUGGGAAGGAUUCCCCACAGCACGGGGACAGGAUGGACGCUCGUCCCGCUGCCUGGAGGGAGCCGAGUGGGCUGGACUACAGUUUGUAUAAAAACACAGAAAAGAAACAAAAAACAGCUAAUUUUAUUAUCAAGAUGGAAAAAAACCCCACAAACCAACAAACCAAACCAAGCCCGUUUUUCUUUCUGACUGUAAAUCUGUCUAUAAAUGUACCGCAUGUGGUUGUGUAAGAGGUUGUGUAAUAGGAAACGUAUACCAGCAUCUUAAUUAUUGCAGAGAAAUUUUUCAACUGAGGGCACUUCUGAAAGCACAUGUGAGCUGGAUGGAUAUCUCCUCCCUCUCAGAUUCUUUUACAGUAGAACCUGGUCUUCUCCAUCACCUUUUAGAUACUCUGACAUUUCCCUGAAAGGCCCUUUCCUGUGAAAUCUCACUAGUGCCCUGGUCAGACUGUGAGAGGUUUUUUUUUUGGGGUUUUUUUUUUUGUUUGUUUGUUUGCACAGAUAUCCACAGCAAGUCGUAAGUAAAAAUAUGUUCAUUAUUUUACUAAUAUUUUAGUUACUGCUGUGCCCACAUAAUAAAGCCUAAACUCUACAGAACAAACUGGAAGAGAAGCUAAAUUUUCAUUGAGUGAAAUAAUUUGUUUCCUGAAAAAGCUUUUUGGGUUUUUUUUUUACCUUUAUUUUUUCUUCUAAUAGUUAAUAGAUUCCUUUCAGUAUACAUAAGGAUAUUUAUUCAGAGAAGUGACCUAAAAGAUAGGGAUUUUAUUCCUAUGAGCAUACACUAAACAAAAUUGUGUGAAAUCUGAGAACUUGAACACAAUUGAGAAUUGAAUCUUGUCAAAACUACGUCUUGCCGUGUUGCAAAUGAUAUAAUUUUAUCAUUUACUCUUUGAUCACUCAAACUUGGCUGCAAAUGAAAAAACACCUUUUUAAAGGUUACUCCUCGGUCACUAAAUCUAGUGAGAAUCCACUUGGCAGUUCUAAUUAAAAAGAAGAAUCUAUGCUCAAGUUGUUUAAAAGCACUGUUAUAUAUUUCUCAGUAUGUAAACCUGGGAGUUUCUUGCAUGUUGAUUGAUGUGGCCAUACUUAAACUUAUGUAAGUUCCUAAGACUGUAAGUUCAGAGUAUAUUCUCCAGUAGAAAUUUUAUUAUAUUUGAUAACUUUAGCCAUGUAACCUGUAAUGGAUAAAGUUUAUCUAAAAAUCUCACUGAAACACUAAAGGUUAAUGCCAGUUUUUACAUAUACAGUGCAAUUCAGGUUGUCUUGAAAAGCACUUUUGAUGGUGUGGUGAUUGAAUAAGAAAUUUUGCAGUAGAUGAAAUUGUUUUAAUUAGAAUUUGGAAAGAAGCCCCAUAGCACCUAUUUUUAUGUAGUUCAGAGCUAUGGAAACCCUGAGGAACUUGCUGCUUUUUCUUCCAAAUGCUGCUUAGAUGGUGUUGAAACGUGCACAACUCCUACAGAAACUUGGUGACGACACCAAAAGUAAAGAAAUAAUGAAGUACUGUAUUAAUUCUGCAAUUUUCCCGUCCUAGAUUCCACUGAGGUUUAUUAUGUCUUCACCUUUUUUGGCCAUUAGAGUUCCUGUGCUUGGUGCAUGCCCGGAUUUCCAGGUGAAGGGUGAAUGCUGCUCUGCCAUGUGUGAGUGACCCAAAUUCACCACCCAACCCCAGAUACUCCAGGGGUUCUUCAUGAGCACACGGGCUCCUGCUUCAAGUUCCCUUUCUAAAUUGGGACUUUUUUUUUUUUUUUUGUCCUUACCUUGCAGUGAAAUCCUUUUAUACCUUGUCUGGCUGAGGAUGCAAAGCCUUUCUGCCAGGGGAGCUGAAUGCAGGGUAAGCUGGGAUGAGGAUUUCUGUGCCCUGAGCUGCUCUGUGCUGGUUUAUGUGUCGUGCUGUGACCAUGGGGGUCCAAACCCAGCCAGCUUGAGGAGCUCUCCGUCAGUGGCCAGACCUGUAAGUUCAGAUCCCAGCCUGCCCCUGCCCAGCUGCCCUGGGACAGAAGGAAAAGCCCUGAUUCCUUGGGCUGCUCCAAGGAUGCUGUGGAGUUUGCACCUCCCACCCCAAUUCCUUUGGCAGUGCUGUUCCAUUCAGGGCAGCAGAGCUUCCUUGUCCCAAGGGGAGAAUUCCCAAUGUGAAAAUCUACCUUGAGCCAAACCGGCCCAGCCCUCCUGCCCUCCUCUCCUGCAUUGUGCCCCUGUCCCCAUGGCCAGUUCAGCUGUUCUCAAACGCAUGCACCCAUGAAUUUCUCACUCUGA